AUGGAUUUAUCUCAUGUAUUUGAUUGUAAGGCAGCAGGCCCAUCUAAUGAACAAGAAAUAAACUGGAAUCAUCCAAAAAACUCAUUUACCCCUAUAUCGGUUAAGGAUUUACCAAUAGAUGAUAUACGCGAGACUAUGUAUUACAAAACCAGAGUGUCUGUACCAACGUUACUCGAGUUAGGAUAUAAUAUAGACAGCUGGACAUCUACAGAAUCAGAAACGCGGACGAAAAAAUUUAUUUUUACGUUGUUGAUGCCCUACGAGGAAGCUUUUAAGUUCAAUUCUAAUUCUCAUCCACUAGAGUAUCUGACAAAAAGUUUUUAUGAUAUGCCUCCUGAUUGGAAAAGUUUUAAAUUUUAUACACCUGAAGUCAAAACGUUUGAUGACCUAACAAUUAUGAGUGCAAUUAAAUGGUUAUGGGCUAAUCAUCGUUCCAACUAUGACGCUUGGAUGAAGAUGAUAACAGCAAUUUUAUCGACUCAUCGCCGCAAACGAGCGAAUGUAGUAGAAAAUAAUUUCAUUAAUGAAUGUGAUUCAACAAUGGUAUCAGCAUUGAUCGGACCCCGAGGCCUCUGUCAUGGUUUACGGGAUCUCGAAGUACCGAAACUUCGGACCGACCUGAACACAGGAGUAUACAAUUGGCCUCCAAAAUGGGUACAUGAUUUUGAUAUAGAUGAUAAUAGUUCAUUUCACUCGUCUUCGCCCAACAAUAGUGGCUACGAUUCGGACAGCGCUGAUAGCGGGCCUAUUGGUGUAGCGUACAAUCGUCCCCGUAUAACCGGAUUUACAUCUUUUACCGAAACUUCUGACGAAGAGGAAACGAGCAGACUGGAUAUUUUCAUUAAUGGCCGCAAUGGUGACUACUGGGAUCGGCGUUUACGAAAACGGUUCGAUUUGUAUAUGCGAACAUCGUGCAGCGAACGGCGUAAUCGCCGAGUCAUUCGGGAGGCAAGACGUUCGGCUCGUCUUCAAUACGAUACAAUACGUCGAUGUGCGGAGCCGGUUUUUAAUGCGGAAGCAAAACGCGCGGAAGCGUUAGCCGCUGAGCGAGUACGUGUUGAGAUCCGAGCCCAAGAAAAUAAACAAAUAGAAAAAAAAAUUCUCAUUGACCGGGCACCGAACAAACCUUUAACACAUUAUUUAUAUAGAUUCAAACAAUAUAAUCACGCAUUAAGAUCUCAACUAGAGCACGAGUGGAAAUGGUACUAUGGCGAGGUCCUGAAAUCCCUUUAUGUUAAAUCAUUGGAAAAUCAUAUAUCACUGAACUGUUGGAUAUCACCGGUUCAAUGUGUUAGACAAACUGGACAAAUCUGUGAUGGAUUUUCAUCUAUGCUCCUCGCCAUAACUCAACUGACAACAUUCGAAAUAAUUAUGGGACAACUUGAAGGAAGAGAAUGUGAUGAGCCAAGAGAGUUGUUGCGACAGUUUCCAAAUGGUGCCCAAUAUUUGAGUAGUCGAAGUAUGAGAUAUGGCAUUCUCGGAGUUCAUAAAUCAGUAUGGUAUACUGAAGUUAUGACACAAAUUGUAAUUGGUAUCAGGGAUUCCCGAAUAUCACAUUGGAGUGAUAUGUUUAAUUUAGAAAUUUUGGUAACUGUGGCGACAUUUUUUAUGGGCGAUCUAUACAAUAUUCGAUUGGUGAGACGUGAUUUAUUGGCCAACAACAGCAAUGAUACUUGCUCUAAAACAAAGAGAGUAAAGAGAAAUCCAGGAACAUCAAACGAAAGUGAUACGUCGACAUUAUCUAUCGUACAACAUCUAAUACGUGGCCACUUAGUUGCUGUUUGUUUCGAUGCCGACGACAAGCUGAGACCGACGAACAACGGCGGCCAGUCCGCGCAUUGGACCAUGCUGUGCGGCGUUAUCGUGGGACGGCGUCCGCCAGUAAGAGGAAUGUUCGAUCCGGCGAACCCGCCGACGUCCGAGGAUUUGGGUUACGAGUACGAGUACGACACCGACACCCACUUGCUGGCGCCAUUGGGAUUCCGCGACCAGGGGACCGGCCGCCCGGUGGACGUGGAGGAAUUGAAGAGACGCGACGAGAAGCUGCAAGAGCAGUGGAUCGACGAUUGCUGUUGCCCGCGUCACGAAAACCGCCCCCACAAAGAGCGUCGCGAGUGCCAGGAGUGCACGGCCGCGUACGUGGACACGCGACUGGACCUGGAAAAGGACGGGGACACCGUGUGGGUGGUGUCCCGGGACUGCGGCCGGUACAGGGUGUGGUCGCUCCGGGAACUGGCCAUCAGCAACAGGCAGCUGCGCAAGCCCAACAGGAAUAUAAUAAACAACGGCCCGCAACGCAGCACCUUCGGUUGGCUGGCGAAAGUCAUCGACGAACCAAGUAGCGGCCACGAUUCGGCGGACGCGGCGAUGAGGUCGGACCACGCCAUUUCCGUGCAAAACCGUCGGAAGAACAAGAAAGACAAAUUGCACCACAACCGUAUCGUGUGCACCGCGCUGGCCAGUCAGAUGAGGUCGCUGGCCCAAGAGUACCCAUACCUAACACCGUCCGAGUUGAUCGAAAUGCUGGACCUGCGCGCGUGCACGGGGUCCAGAGAAACGGAAGAUUCGGUAAAAAUGUGGUUGUCCGCGGCAAAAGUCGUGUACAAGGCCGGUCCUCCGCCGACCGACGUCGCUUCCUCGUCGUCCGGUGCGGGCCCCUCGUCGGCGCCGACAAUGCCGGCAAUACAACAACGGGCAAUUCAAAUGCCAGAAGCGCCAUCGCCGCCCCCGUUGCCGAUGCCCACAACACCAUCACCAAUGACGCCGCCGUCAUCGCCCGAAAAUGUUUUCAGACCAUCCGUUUUCCAAAGACCGGAUUACGAACAAUGUUUAGCUCGGUGUUACGUGUUGUUUGAGCCGAAGUUCAAAGUAUUCAAAAACAAUUCCAUGGACUUCAUUCCCGAUGAAAGCAGUUUAAACGAAAUUUUGGCUGAUAGAGUGCAAUUCAGUUUUUUGAUUGACGGCUUGUUGGCCAAAAGUAAGUAUAAGCAGCCAUUUUCAUCAUGUUUUAACAUGUAAUCAAGACAUUGG